UAAUAGGAUCGGACCGAGAUAAAAGCCGGGGUACUUCCCAAUUCUUGUCAGUUCCACCUCGUUCAAAAGAGCAAAGAUGAAGACUAUCUUCUUGCUGGUCGCCCUUGCGGCUCUGGUCGCCACCGUCUACUCUCAAACAACCACCCCAGCUCCCACUCCAGCUGAUUGGUUUCAAUGCCCCACGCCUUCUGGCUAUUUCGCACAUCCCUAUGACUGCGCCAAGUACUUCGUCUGUGUGCAGAACAACGCCUGGCUCUUGAGAUGCCCCCCGGGUCCUGAAGGACAACUGUGGUUUGAUGCAGUCAAGAAAGAGUGCAAUUUUCCCGACCUGGUCACCUGCACCGCUACUCCUACCGGAAAAUCUUUUUAGGUUUUGUAAAUCUAUAAACUCGGGCAACAAAAUUUGAGCAGAGGCAAUAAAUGAGAUUUUCAA